AUGUCUACCUUUUCGCGAUUGAUCAGAUUCCUUGCUAAGGCCGGGAAAGCUUACUACGGCGAUGCCAUCCUUCCUUCUGGCGUAACGGAUGUCGGCAAGGCUGUCAAAGCCCGCGUUCUCAGUGGUAACCCCUGGAGCAAGCAUGAAGUUACCAAUCAAGUGGCAGACGUUCAAUCUAUUCUCUGCCCUCUUGCUCGCGAAGACGUUCGGACCGUCCGGUGCCUGGGUCUGAACUAUGAGCAACAUGCUCGCGAAACUGGGACACCAAUCCCCAAAUACCCGGUCUUAUUUUUCAGGCCUCUGACAUCUCUCAACGGUCCCUUUGAUACUAUUCCCCUUCCACCUAUUGCACAACAAGCCGAAGGUGUAGACUAUGAAUGUGAACUGGUUGUCGUCAUUGGAAAGGAAGCCAGAGAAGUACCCGAAUCUCAGGCACUAGAAUACGUUGCUGGGUAUGCCGUUGGGAACGAUGUUUCUCAUCGCGAAUGGCAGCUGCGUCGAGGUGGGACUCAAUGGGGUUUCGGAAAAGGGUUUGACGGAUGGGCUCCCUUUGGGCCUGGAAUUGUCAGCUCGAAACUCAUCCAAGAUCCGCAGAGCUUGAAGAUCUCCACCAAGAUUAAUGGGCAGACGGUGCAAGAGAGCAACACUGGAGAUAUGAUCUUCAGUGUGGCAAAGAUCAUUGCCUUUUUGAGCCAGGGCACAGCACUACUACCGGGCGAUUUGAUCUUUACUGGAACACCCCAAGGUGUGGGUGAGGUCAGACAGCCCCCCCUGUGGCUGAAAGAUGGGGACAUGGUUGAAGUCAGUUUAGAAGGUGUAGGAACCUGCGGUAACAAAGUUCAGGCUGUCAAGGGCUACUCGAUCGAGAAGGCUAGGCAGUAA